UCCUGGAGGAGUGGAGCUAUGCAGAGAUGUGGACGACUUUCUACAAAUUUGGAAGGGUAUUCGACAUCUACAGCCCAAGUAGAAGAAGUAAAAAGGGACGUAGAUUCGGAUUUGUGAGAUUUUUGGGUGUGAAGGACAUAAAGGAGCUGGAAAGGAGACUAGACCAGAUAUGGGUUGGGAAAUACAAGCUAUGGGUGAAUACCCCACGGUUUAGAAAUGAAGAGCAGAACAAGGUAGAGGAGCCCAUAAAGAUACAAAUAAUGGAGCCAAAGAUACAAAAUAGGACGUAUGUAGAUGUGGUGAAGGGACAAUAUGGAAAUGGACUAGGAGGGGAUGUAAGCACAACACUGAAAGACAGUUUAAAUAUGAGCCACGGGAGGGAUAAUAGAAGAAGCAGAACAAGAACUGACUUUCGAAACAGAGAAAGAACUUUAAUCUGGAAGGAAAAAGGACAGGGGGAACACUGGCCCAGCAUGGAGUACAAUGUAAAUGCAGAAGACUAUACAUGGUUGGAUGGAUGCUAUGUGGGGAAGGAAUCAUGGAUGAUGGAAAGUGAGGAAAGGGAUUUGGGUUGUGACGAUGCAGAAGAAUCACGGGGUGGCAAUGGAAGACUCAAGGAAGCUGAGGUUGAUGAUGAUGACGUGGCAAGCUACAGGGAGGUGAGCAACGGUAAACCUAUAGCACAAGCCAUGAGGAGAAGCGAGAUGACAGUUAAAGGGGUUGCUGACAGCCUGUAAAAAAUUCAAACUGAGAUUGAAGGAAAAUUCAAAACAGAGGGGGAGCUUUAAGGGGGGAAGAGAGGGAGGUUUGAUGCAUUAGUUGGGCUCAUGAAUAAGGAGGAUUUCCAUUUGGGCUUAAAUGAACACAGUAAUUGGAU